AUGUGCAAGUCAGCAUUCCACUCAUUCCUGCAGGAGCUCCCCAAGUGCGAGCAUCACAUGCACUUGGAGGGCUCUCUAUCCCCUGAGGUUCUCUUUACACUGGCCAAGCGUAACAACAUCACUCUUCCUCAGGAUGACCCUGCUUUCCAAUCGGCAGAGACUCUCCUGGCUCGUUAUGAUCAGUUUACCUCCUUGGACGACUUCUUGCACUACUACUACAUCGGCAUGUCUGUCUUGAUUUCCGCCUCGGACUUUGAAGAUCUGGCCAUGGAUUAUUUCCGUCACGCCGCAACAGAUGGUAUUUCUCAUGCGGAGGUCUUCUUCGACCCUCAAGCACACAUCGAGCGUGGUAUCUCCUACAACACCGUUCUCACUGGCUUCAGUGCUGCUCGUGCUCGUGCCGAAAAGGAGUUUGGCAUCACCAGCGAGCUGAUCUGCUGUUUCCUUCGCCAUUUGCCUGUGCCUAACUGUGUGUCUAUUUUCAAGGACGCAGAUGUUCAGGCCAGCUUUAAGAACGGUUCAGUCAUCGCAAUCGGUCUUGACUCUAGCGAGAAGCCUUUCCCUCCUGCUCUGUUCGAGGAGAUUUACGCUGGAGCCAAGGAGCUCGGUCUUCGUCGUACUGCUCACGCUGGCGAAGAGGGUCCUUCCACCUUUAUCUCUGAUGCUCUGGAUAUCCUCAAGGUCGAGCGUAUCGACCACGGUAUUCGUUUGAUCGAGGACGAAGCUCUUCUCCAGAAGAUCGCCAAGGAUGGUACCAUGCUUUCUGUAUGCCCCUUGAGCAACGUGCUGCUGCGUUGCGUCAAGGAGGUCAAGGAAGUACCCAUCCGCAAGUUCCUGGACGCUGGCGUCAAGUUCAGCAUUAACAGCGAUGACCCGGCUUACUUCGGUGGCUACCUCCUCGACAACUACUGCGCUGUCCACGAGGCCUUCAAUCUGUCGGUCGCUGAGUGGACUAGCAUCUGCCGUGCCGGUAUCGAGGGCAGUUGGUGCUCUCAGGCCAGAAAGGACGAGAUGCUGACUCGUCUGGACGAAGUCGUCCGUCUCUGGACUCCCAAGCUCUCUGUCUAA